GACAGGCACAGGGACAGUGACAGGGGGCUGCAGCAGGAGUGGGAGGCGGGGGAGCGAUGGGGGAGUCGGGUCUCCUCGUGGAGGAGCUGCUGGCUCUUUGUCUCCAGAGGAUCACCAUGGAGGAGAAUGCCGCCAAUACUGAGCACGAGUUUGUCGACAUGUUGAGGAACUUCGAGGCAGUCAGGAAGCGCUGGCUGCUCGCCGAGCUCGAGUUGAAGAAAUACAAAGAGCUGCUGGUCAAGUCCGACGUGGCCAAAGCCGCUCUGGAGGUCAAACUGAAGCACGCCAGAAACCAGCUGGACGUGGAGAUGAAGAAACGCUACAAGAUCGAAGGAGACUACCAGUACCUG